UUGAACUAUGUUUAAAUACUGAAAUUUCUGGAUUGAGCUCGAACUUAGCAAAAACGGGAAAUAUUGACAGCAUAAAAGUUCCUAUAAAUUUAAGCCAAGUUAAAAUUGGCUCGGAACUCGACGUUGAUCACCAGCAAGUGUUAUUGCAUCUUUCGAAUGAAUACAGAGAUAGCUUCGCACUAAAUAUUUCAGAACUCAGGUGCACUGAGUUCAUAAAAAUGGACACUAAAGAAGAUACAUUCGUUCACUAAACUCCAGUAAAGAAAAACAAUACGAAAAGUGCCGUUCGAAGUGUAGGAUAUGGUGAAUUUGAAGUUGCUCGAGAGAAGAGGAAUGAAGCUGCUAAUCUGAUUGGACUGAAUCGCACUUCGGUGAAAAGUAGUACUUAUGCUGCAAAUAGAAAUCGACACUGUGGCCAACUGUUCUCUAAACACCACUUCAUGCCAAGGCAAAGACAGAAUGACGAAAGUGAUGGUAGUCAGAGCCAAAAGAAUGUAGAUGAUAAGCAGCAACUACAACCUCAAAGGCUCGUGCGAAGGCAAUUACGUCAUCCUUACUUCAGGCAAUAUUGUAGUUAUAUAUUCAUAGGACUUCCACGAAACGUUGGAUGUGAUGGAAAUGAAGAUGAACAAAAUGAAAGAAAAAACGAAGAAAGAGUUUCAGGAGGUGGAAGAGACAAUCACUGGAAUCCUAGACGAUUUUAUCAAAAGUGCUUUAAAAGCAAAAUCCUUUAUCAUAGGAAUGACACUGAAUGCAGUCAACCACGCGGUCAAGGCUCUAGAUCUUGUCCACUUUACAGAUCAAAAAUGGGUUGUCGGAAGACCCACCAAGCUGAUUCACGUGCUAAAAACAGAUCUUCGGAGGCCAUCAUUUCCAGAACUACAGAAGAUAAUGAUAAUGACGAGGUUGACGACGAACUUAAAUGGCCCAAGCGAAUAGUGCGCAAACCAUUGCGCUAUAAAGACUUUGUGUAGGACAUAGAAUUUUUUUUAAAUUAUAUUUUAUUUUUUUUUUUCCUACCUACUUAUUAUAUUUUGUUGUUUUAAUGUACGACAAUAUUUGGUCAAUUGAGGACAAUUGAAAAGUCAGGUGGUCGAAUGUAAGCACGAUUGUAAUUAUUUAAUUGUUAUAACAAAUAUCUAUUGAGA